UUUGUGUAUUAAUUGUCACGUUUGCCCUAGAUAGCAAUUUAUUAUGAAUCUAAGUUAUAAUGUGAAAAGCAGCAUCCCAUAAAUAUGCAACAUGUUCAAUUGAAAAUCUUUAUAAUAUUGCUUUGAGAAAACUCUAUUUUUAGUCUGGGUAAAAAAAUAAAUAAAUAAUAAUAAUAAUAAUAAUAAUAAAAAAAUUAUAUUAUGAAUUUUGUCUUAAUUUUUUUCAAAACUGUGACUAACUUAACUGAUAAAUAAAAGACAUCCUAAUAAUAUAGUUUGGUCACCUGGGUGGGUCCUUGUGGAUUCUGUCCCUCCUCUCCUCAAUAGAAACCAAUGAGAUCCAAUCACAUUUUCCUCUACAAACUAUGAUCUCACCUCCCUAUUUCCGAUUGGAUUGUUAUAUUUAGGAAACCAGCCCCGCUUUAUAAAGACAAGGCCGUUGUUUCUGUAAACGCUGUGGAGUUUGGAGAGGACAUUUACUGGCAGAAACAGCCUAACAAGUCUCCUGGACGAGUUUAAAAGCAGAGUUCGGCUCUGUCCAGACGUUAUUUUGGAUGCCGCGUUUAAAGAAAACCCAAGAAGCGACCCAGAUGGCUGUCCAGAGAAAGAAACUUGUGGUUGUCGGUGACGGCGCUAGUGGGAAAACGUGUCUACUGAUCGUUUUCAGCAAGGACGAGUUUCCCGAGGUCUACGUCCCGACUGUGUUUGAAACCUACGUGGCCGACAUAGAGGUUGACAACCAGCAGGUCCAGCUGGCUCUGUGGGACACGGCCGGACAGGAGGACUACGACCGACUGCGCCCACUCUCCUACCCCGACACUGAUGUCAUCCUCAUGUGCUACUCCGUGGACAACCCGGACUCGUUGGGGAACAUCUCUGAAAAGUGGGUCCCUGAGGUCAAGCACUUUUGUCCGAACGUGCCAAUCAUUUUGGUGGCCAACAAGAAAGAUCUGCGCAACGAUGAGAACACGAAGAACGAUCUCUCCCGGAUGAAACUAGAGCCUGUGAAGGCGGAGGAUGGUCGUGCAAUGGCCAUGCGCAUAGGCGCGUAUGACUACUUGGAGUGCUCCGCCAGGACCAAAGAGGGCAUCUGGGAGGUGUUCGAGACCGCAACACGGGCUACCCUCCAGAAACGCUCCACACCGGGGGAUUGUUUCAAAUGCUGUGUGAUGCUGUGAGUCAAUUGUGGCUUACAAGGUCCGGAGGACCUUUGCAGCAUACAAGACGUUUCCUUCCCCUGGGGGUCUAUGGUUGGACAUGCCUUCAGCUGAACCAAAACCAGUGACUGCAAAAGCAUUGUUUAGAGCACUAUUGCAUGUGGGUGUUGGUGUGUAAUGCACUGGUUUGAGCAUCUUCGUUCUGGGUCACCUGAUCCUAGUCUGUUCGAAAAACAACAAACCACAAAUAGUUUCAUUAUAUUUGGAGAACUUUAUCCUCUGCUCACUGAGUGUGGCCUUACCUGAGGCUGGCUUACAAGCCAAAACCUUUGGCUUGCAAAAACUGAUCUAUUUUUGUGUUUAAAGUAUUUUUUUAUUAUUUUAUUUUUUUUUACAUUAACUGUUUUACCAAAAAUCUGCACUCUGUAAUUUAAGUUUGAACUGUGUUGCAACAUAUCUGCAUCGAGUUUGUGAAAUUGCACAUCACGGUAAUCAUUAUAAUUCAAAGAAAUUCAUAUGGUAUUCUGUAUAGUGUUUUUAUGUUGGUUUGGGUUUUUUUUUUUUUUUUUUUCAAUUAAAAUCAGUGUUUUUGAUGUAGGCAGUUGCCCAGGGUGAGUGUAGGACAGGGUGGGUGAGGCACCCAAGCACUAGAUAAAAGCUUUGAACAAGUUUUCUGUUGCUUUUAUGUUAACGAAGGAUUAGCAUAUCUUGCUGCUGAGAAUAGAUGGACUGUUUUACGUGAUUUGCGCAGAAUUACAUUGCAUUUUGCCCCAGAAUUUAGAUUAUUUCACAUGUCUUAAGCAGCUUUGGGGUCAACAGUAACACCAAAAUUUUCUAAAGAGUUAAUAGAAAUUUCUUUUACUUUUCAUAAAAUUGUGGUCCUUAGUGGUCAAAUUGACCGGUUUGUACUAUUCUUGGGUGUAUUAGAGUGCAUAGCCAGGUUCUGAAAUAAACAGAAAUGUUUGACACUAUCAAACUAAAAUCUAAAAUGUACCUGCUAGCCAGCUCAUAACUAGUUUGUCUUUUCUGCAAGUAUGAGAAAAAAUAUAGGAACCUGCUUUCAGCCAGCUGAGCAGGAGUUUGUAUAAAAACCUGUAAGGUGGGGACAGCUUUGCAUUACUCUUGGUUUCAAACAGCCAGUGAACUUUGUCUGAAAUGAAUUCAACAAGUCUUUGAAUUAUAGGAAAGUACUGAUAAAUUUUGGUGGGUUUGCGUGUGUCUGUGGUUUUCUCCUUUUUGUUAGUUUUUUGUUAAUUUUUUAAUACCCGGACAUCAGUAACUGACCCAUGCUUAGUUCAGCAAGUGUUGCCUUACAGCAUACUUAACCAAAGGUCUUUUAAAGCAGAUACAGUAUACAAAGGAGCUGCUUCAGAGGGUUUCAUGUUUGUUCGCUCCUCCAUAAUGUUGUAUUCAUUGCUGUUUGGUCCCAUUCUACUUCAAUUUAAUUUAGACAAAUGUUACAUUUUUUAAAAAGGUUUUGUUGGCCUUUAUUUGAUAGUUAAUUGACAGGAAAGUGGGUAAUGAGAGAAGGGAAAGACAUGCAGCAAAGGUCACAAGACCGGGAAUUGAACCUGCGACAGCCACGUCAAGGACUAAGGCCUCCAUAUAUGGGUUGUGCUUAACCCCUGCGCCACCACAGCACACCUUAAAUGUUAUAUUUCUAAGGACUUUGUGUCACACCAUGUUUCCAUUAAUUCUGGUUCUAAUAUGCAUUUGUUCUCACUGACUAAUGAAAUAUGACAGAUUAUGAUCCUUGAUCAGAUCAAAAUACCACAAAGUGACUUCAUGUGAGUAGAAUUAAUUUAUUUAGGUUGAGUAACCAACUUUUGUUUAAGUAAAUCAUAACAGCGUGUCAAAACCUUUUAAUUAGAGCUUGACAGUAUAUUGUUUUGCCAUUGUGAUCACCUUACUAGUGUGUGCGAUAGUGUUCAGAUAAACGAUUUGGCAGGCAGUAUUAUUUCAGGUGCCAAGUAUUUAUGUUGCGCUUUUUGAUGAGCAUUUUUUUUAUUGGGUAGCUUGAAUUGACUUUUUAUUCUUGCACUGCACAAAGAUCUUAAUAAUUCAGACACUAAAGCUUUAGAGGUUGGAGGUGAUGAUGGGGAAACAUUGUGGAAAGUGAGAAAAAUUUUUCUGUGUUCCUUUAUUGAUAAUUUGAUUUCAGACGUACCUAUUUCCAUGAAGCUCUACUUUAAAUUGUUUGUUGCCAAAGCAGGUACGAUAGAUGCCCCUGGCAUGUUUGUCUAAUAGUUCUCAUGCAACAUAGUAGGAAAAAACAAUUCCAUCAUGUUCCUGAAGGCCAAAAUGCCUGACUCUUUCCAAGGUCUUUUCUGUAAAGGGCUAGUGUCAAGUUUACAGUAAUACCUUCAGAUUUGGUCAUAUUGAUUAGUCGGUGUAUAAUCCUGUUAGUUUACAGCACAAUUAAACCAAGUUAUACAUACAGUAGCUAAAGCUAAGCUUUUCAGAGAUAUUAUUCUGUUACUUUCCUAUUUAGAAACUACUAUGAAGAUUUGGUAUCUCGUAAGGGUGCGUUUUCUUUUAAUAGUCACAGAAAUCCAGUUUUGAUUUUGUUUUGUGUGUGUGUGUGUGUGUGUGUGUGUGUGUGUGUGUGUGUGUGUGGAGGGUGGUGGUGGAGUUCAGAUAAAUAGUAUUUUACAUUAACAAAGCACUUCAGUGUAUAAGUUUGUGUUUUUCAAGACUGAUAUUUUCUCUGGUAACACCAGCCUGUACAAAGGUGUCAAAAUUAAAUGUGAAUCGAUAAACCUGCUGUAACACGUAAACUGCAUCAGGAGUAUUUUAAACGGAAAUCUAAAUAUCUUCCAUUGCGACUAUGAAUGUACUUUAAAUUUACUUGGUCUGAAAGCUCAUGGGAUAGAAUUUAAUGUAUCUGAGUUAACCUUUGGUUGUUGUGAAAUAAGUUCAGCUCAUCUGUUGCUCCACUUGUUGUGUAAUUGUCCUCUUGUGUAGUUGUGGGACUGCUUGUUCAAAUAGAAGCUUUUUUUACAUUGAUUACUGACACUGUUGCUGUUCUGGUGAUUCAGGAAAUUUCCCUUCAUGAUUUUUACGAUCUAUUUAGGCGGAGAAAGUUUGUGAAACUUCCUAUUUCUGCUGCUGAGAAAUCACCUGCAUGUUCGAAGGUUUAAGCAGUGAGUGUUUUCUGAAUCUACCCAGAGACACAAUAGUGUAAAAGUUGCACUCCCCGCUGUCUUCCGUUGCUGGGCUUUCUGCUGACUUACACAACAGGAAUGCAUUGUGCUGAACUGCUUGAUUUUCCCACACUGGCCCCCCUGAUGUGCCUCUGGGUUACAGCAGCGUUACACAGAUCAAAUUCUGCAGGUUUUUCUAAUCUUUAUUUUUACUAAAAUGUGGAGAAGGACAACAAAGGAUGUGCAAGACGUUUCUAUUUAUGGGUAUUUGUUGUACUAGAAUGGUACGUUAGAAAUAUUGUGAAGAGAAAAAGGUUGAGAAGGAAAGAGUGGAAAUCUAAAUAAAGUGAUUUUUCAUGAA